GCACGAUAGCAAUAGCAAAACGACAGCGUAGGGGAUUUAAUAGUCGUAAAACCCCUUCUUCUAAAACCCUAAUUUCUAGUCUUUCUCAUCUCAGUCGUCUCUGUAACUGAUAACUAAAACCCUAGCUCGUGAAGGAAAAAAAGAAACAAGAAUGGAAGGAGAUGGAGAUAUAGAAGAGAGGCAAAUUCAAGCAAAGUUCGUGACAAAGCUUAAGCCACCGUAUAAAGUUUCGACAACUACCAUUACUAUUCCUUCUAAUCUCACUCGUCUAGGCCUUUCUACUAUCGUCAAUUCCCUCCUCAAAGCCGGGAAUCCUGAGUGGGAGAAUCAUCCAUUUGAUUUUCUAAUUGAUGGAGAGCUUAUUCGUUUGUCGCUUGAGCAGUUCCUCCUUGCCAAGGGAAUUUCCGCGGAGAAGAUAUUGGAAAUUGAAUAUAUUAAAGCAGUUGCGCCUAGAAAAGAAGAGGAGCCUUCUUUGCAUGAUGACUGGGUCAGUGCAGUUGAUGGUUCAUGUCCUAGGUUUAUUUUGACAGGGUGCUACGAUGGCCUCGGAAGGGUAUGGAAAUCUGCCGGCGUGUGUGCACAAAUACUAGAGGGACAUAGAGAUGCGCUUACUUCUGUUAGUGUCAUUAAUGCAGGCGGGGAUAGUGUUACACUGGCCACUGCUUCUAAAGAUCAAACUCUUAGACUAUGGAAGUUUGAUACAGAAAAGCUGCAAAAUAAUUCAUCAAAGCUUAGAGCCUUCAAAGUUUUGCGUGGGCAUAAUGCAUCUGUGCAAAGUGUUGCAGCAGAGAAAUCUGGAACCAUGAUUUGUUCGGGUUCUUGGGACUGCACAAUUAAUUUAUGGCGGACAAAUGAGUCAGAUGCUGAAGGAAAUUUAGUGUCUACCAAAAAGAGAAAAGUCAAAAAUGGAGCUGAUGAAUCUCAGUUGGAGGGUGAGGCUUUUUCUACACUUGUGGGUCAUACACAAUGUGUAUCCUCUGUUGUUUGGCCUGAAAAGGAAACAAUUUACUCUGCCUCAUGGGAUCAUUCUGUUAGACGUUGGGAUGUUGAGACAGGCAAAGAUACAUCAAAUAUAUUCUGCGGGAAAGCUCUGAACUGUGUACAUGUUGGAGGUGAAGGUUCGGCUCUUAUAGCCGCCGGAGGCUCAGACCCCAUUCUUAGAAUAUGGGAUCCUCGGAUACCAGGAACUACCGCUCCUAUAUACCAGUUCUCUUCUCACAAAUCUUGGAUUUCGGCUUGCAAAUGGCAUGACAAGUCUUGGUUUCAUUUACUCUCUGCAUCCUAUGAUGGGAAAGUUAUGUUAUGGGAUCUAAGAACUGCGUGGCCGCUAUCUGUUAUCGAAACACACGACGAUAAGGUGCUAUGUGCUGACUGGUGGAAGAGUGACAGUGUGGUUAGCGGUGGGGCUGACAGUAAACUUUGUAUUUCUACCGAAACAUCUGUGAUUUGAUGCAAGGAAGAAGGUGAUGCAUUAUUAUGGUUAUAUUUAUUUAGCCCAGUUGAGUUUUCUUUACCCCUCCCGUUGCAUCUUCUUUUUCCAUCUGCAAUUUUUUGCACCUGCUCUGCGACAAACAACUGCAAGCUCGGGGAGUUUUCUUUUCCCGUUGGAAAGAAAAAGCUUUUUAAUUUAAUUUUUCAAAAGGUAUUUUAGUGUAAUUUUUUAAUAUUUUGUAAACAUUUUUGCUCGGAAUCAGUGAACUAUAUACUGUAUCCCGCAUUAGAUCCAAAAUUAUCAAUGGAAGUGUUAGGUAUAUUUCUGAUAAUACAGUAACUAUAUUUGGGUGUACAAAAUAUGAUGGUCAUUUAAUUUUAAUCAUUCGUCAUAUAUAAAUAUUUACUUUUUGAGUCA